AUGGCCAACACCAACACCAACACCAACACCCUCUACCAAUACAGCACCAUCAGCGCCCUCCUCUCCGGCAUCUGCACCGAGGGGAUCGACGCUGCCACCCUCCUCGACAAGGGCACGUAUGGCAUCGGCACCUGCUCCGAUCUGGACGGGGAGAUCACCGUGAUGAACUCACGCGCCUACCAUUUCCCCUCCACUGCCACUGCCACCGUGCGCCGGCUAAGCCCCACCGACACUAUCCCCUUCGCAAUGCUCACCACCUUCCAACCCACCAACACUGUCCCGCUCCCAACCACCACCACCUCGGAAAAGGUAACCCUAAAAACCCUGUCCGAGCUACUCACCCCAAUCCUCGACACCAACAAAAACACCUUCCUUUCCCUCCGCCUCACCACGACCUUCGCCUGGCUGACCACCCGCAUCAUCCCUCGGCGCCGUUCCCCAGAGGAAACCCUCGCCGACUGCGCAUCCCGCCAGAAAGUGACUAACCAUGGCCGCUCGAGAGGAACCCUGUUCGGCUUCUGGUCCCCAGCAUACACAGUGGGGAUCGGGGUACCCGGAUUCCACCUGCAUUUCUUGUCCGAGGACGGGGAGAACGGGGGGCAUGUGUUGGAUUUCGAGGUGGCGGUGGAACAUGAUGAGGACAGCGAGGGGGAGGGCGAGGGGAGAGGGUUGGAGGUCGCAGUGCUGCGGGAGGUGAGGGUGGAGUUGCCUGACACUGAAGAGUUUGGGCGGGUGGAUGUGGAGGCGCCGACUGCGGAGAUGGUAAGGGGGGCUGAGGGGGGCCAGCCGCUUUCCUUUUGCAUUUAUAUGUACGGAGUAGUUAUCUUGGAUUUGAUCGUCAUGGGAGGGAAUUGGGAGCAAAAAGGCAAAAACAAGAACUACCUCGCUUCAAUAAAGUCUGUCCGCGAGACGACCUUUUACUUUCAGAAUGCGUUCUUUACGUAG